AAAUUUUCAUUAAACCUUUCAACCAUCACAAUCAGCUUCAACCAUGGCUAGAAUGAUAAACCUGACAAUUUCAAUUCUCUUUACAUUGUCAGCUUUAGCUUACAGUGAAGUGAAUUGCAACAAAACUCAAGCCGAUGGUAAAGUUGUUUGCUAUUUUGCUGCUUGGGCCAAUUACCGUAAACCACCGUACAAUUAUGACAUUGACAGUAUCUCGGGCGACCUGUGUACUCAUGUAAUUUACUCAUUCAUCGGUAUUAACGAGAAAACAUCUGAACUUGAGUCAAUCGAUCCUGAAUAUGAUUACGUUCGAAAGGGUUAUGAGAAGUUUGUUUCUCUUCGAGAAAAAUGGCCUCAACUAAAGGUUCUCAUUGCUGUUGGUGGUUGGGCUGAAGGUGGUGCCAAGUAUUCAAAUAUGGUUUCCGAUGAAGGGCGAAGACAAAAGUUUGUCACUUCGGUCGUCUCUUUCCUCCAAAAGUACAAGUUUGAUGGAUUUGAUUUGGACUGGGAAUAUCCUGGAGCAACUGAUCGUCAAGGAAAAUAUGCUGACAAAGAAAACUUCUUGAAAUUGGUUAAAGAAUUACGAACUGAGUUUGAUAAGCACAACUACAUUCUAUCAGCUGCUGUUCCCGUCGCUAAGUUCAGAUUGCAAGAAGGUUAUGAAGUAUACGAUUUGGCAAGACUUUUGGAUCAAAUUCAUGUAAUGACUUACGAUUUACGUGGUAAUUGGGCUGGUUUCGCUGAUGUCCAUAGUCCAUUGUAUCCACGAUCAUUUGAUGAAUAUGCAUAUGAAAAGUUGAAUGUGAGAGAUGGACUUCAACUGUGGGUUUCAAUGGGAACACCUAAACACAAGUUGAUUGUUGGUGUACCUUUCUAUGGACGAAGUUAUACUCUUGGUAGUAAAGACAACAAUGGACUGAAAGCUCCAAUCAAGAAAUGGAUUGGAGGAGGUCAAGCUGGUCCUUAUACUGGUGAAUCUGGUAUCCUGGCUUAUUAUGAAAUUUGUACUCAGGUUAAAUCAAAUAAUUGGACCCGAAAAUGGGACGAUGUUGGUAAAGUUCCUUAUGCUUAUUAUCAAGAUCAAUGGGUAGGUUAUGAAGAUGAGGAAAGUAUGCAAAUUAAAAUGAAGUUCAUCAAGGAUGAAGGCUAUGGUGGAGCCAUGACUUGGUCUUUAGAUCUUGAUGAUGUUAAUGGUGUUUGCGGUAAAAAAGAUGGUUUACUUCAAGUGAUUAAUGAAAAUAUCAAAGGUUACAAAGUAAAUGUUCCUGAUCCAUCAGAAAUGACUACAACGGCUAAACCUUCACCAACUUGGUGGACUCAAGGUUCAACUGUAGCCUCAACUAGACAGUCAACUACCUCUUCAUCAUCUUCAUCAUCUUCAACUACCAAAGCUCCAAGUGUCCAAGGUGGAUCAACAUCUAAACCAACAUCAGAAGAAGAUUCAGUCUCUAAAGACAUUGAUUGUUCAAAUGCAUCAGUACAAUUUGUCCCUCACCCAACCGAUUGUUCAAAAUAUUAUUGGUGCGUCCAUGGUAAACCAAUGGUCCUAAACUGUCCACCAGGAACUCUAUGGAAUCCAAAUGGUAACCGAUGUGAUUGGGAUUACAAUGUAAAAAGUGCCAAUUGUAACAACAUUUAAACAACAUUUCAUUCAUCUAAACAUCUCUCAUCUCAUUUAAAUUAUUACUAAUUGUAACAAAUGCCUUUUAUAUUACAAUAUUUGUAAUUUAUGAUCUGAAACAAUAAA